CGGGCCGAGUCCUCCGCCGUCCCAGCAUCCCCUGCGCCCCGGACCAUCGAGAGCGACUUCCGGCGUCGCUGGUGGAGGUGGGUGAAGAAGGAGCGGGUCCUCUCCUUCUCGCUCUCGUUCCCUCGCUCGCUCGCUCUCUCUCUCUCUGUCGGGCAACAUGGCGGGCGUGGAGGAGGAGGAGGCAGCGUCCUUCGGGAGCCACCUGAACGGCGACGUCGACCCGGACGACCGGGAAGAGGGAACCUCCAGCACGGCCGAGGAAGCCGCCAAGAAGAAAAGACGGAAGAAGAAGAAGGGCAAAGGGGCUGUGUCAGCAGUGCAACAAGAACCUGAGAAAGAAUCAGGAGCCUCCGUAGAUGAGGUAGCAGGACAGCUGGAAAGACAAGCCUUGGACGAGAAAGAGCGGAUGAUGAUGAUGAAG